AUGCAAUAUUCACUCUUUUUAUCGUUCUUUGGUCUUUCCUUCGUCUGGGCCGUCAGUUCAAUUCGACCUAAAACAUCAAAUAACCCCGCUGAAGAUAAUAAAUCUACCAAUAUUAAUGAAAAGGAGUACAUGGGCCACAUUCCAUAUUAUCACGGAAAACCCGGUAACCAAGGAUUUCCCGAUAGUGGCAUGACCUGUGGGGAAUGGACCAUAACAAAAGCAGGAGUUGAUAAAGCAGCAGAAAAUGCCUGCAAGGAGUUUAAUAGUCGCAAGCAUUACAUGUGGAUUCGUACUAGGAAAGUCAAGGGGCUUUACUAUAACCCGAAAGGCAAGAGUAGAAUAUUCAAAAAUCGACACUACAUGUAUCCUCUUCAGAAUCAACAAAGCAUCAAAAAGAGUGAAGCAAAACCAAUCCCUGUCAUUUUCAUUGACGAUUCUUGCAAUCUAUACGCUGUUUAUAUCCGCUCCAGGGUAAAAACAAGAAGAUUUGCACUUUUCUCCAAAACCAAGUUUGGAUCCUGUUGGGACGCUCGCACUGGAAUAGUAAAAAAAACUGAUCGUACUGACUCUACAGCUGGCAUUACUAAGGACGAAGAGAAAACUACUGUUAUGGGACACACUCCCAAACAGCCCGAAAUUAAAGUAGAUACGCCAGCCAGCUAA